AUGUCCUGUCCCCAAGCAAGAAGGUCAUCCGAUUUGGUUUCUAAUCGUGAUGAAUGUCGAUGGGUGAUAAACAUCCGUUCGUUCCUCGACGAAGAAGAAGAUGAUGGUGAUGGUGAAGGUACUGAAGUUGUGGCAUCGAUCCACAGUGUUCCCAAAGCACUGAUUUCGAGUAACCCGGAGUUUUACACCCCACAAAUGGUUGCUAUCAGCCCUUAUCAUCAAUGGCGUCCGGAGCUUUACGAGAUGGAGAGAUACAAGCUGGCCGCCGCGAGACGGGUCCGGAGGCAAUCACGGCCGUCUCGUGUUUCGUUCCCAACUAUCGUUCAACACCUGCAGAAGCUCGAGCCGAGGAUCCGGGCCUGUUACGACAAGUACUUGGACGUCGACGGUGAAACUUUGGCUUGGAUGAUGGCCGUCAACGCUUCGUUCUUGCUCGAGUUUCUUCGAAUCCAAGCCUGUCGUGAGGAAAUGAUCAUUGGUCCGAUGAUGUCGAAACUGGUUCACGACUCGAUUCUCAGAGACGCUGUGAUGCUGGAGAAUCAGAUCCCGUUCUUUGUGCUGCGAAAGGUGCUGGAAAUCCAAUACUCGUCGUCGGAAAAAGCCGAUGAUAUCACGGUUUCGAUGCUAAAGGAAAUUUCCGGCGAUCUCUCCCCUUUCAAAGCAAUGGAGAUCAACUUGAAGAAGAUCGAUGUCUCGAGAUGUCAUCAUGUUCUGGAUUUUCUCUACCAAAUGAUUGUCCCUAACCUUGAACAAAUUCCACCCGAAUAUUCCGAGCAAGUCGUCGAAUCGGAAGAACAGAAGGAACACUUACGCACAGAUGAAGAAGAAAGCGCUAAUCAAAUGAAACAGCUCUUGAUCGAGUUUUGGACGACGCUUUCGAAAAUGACUCAGUUCAACAAACCAUUCCGGUUCAUACUCAAUUUUCCCUGGCAAAUCCUAUCAAACAUAGUGAAAGCGCUGGAGAAGGAAGACGAUAAUUCCACGGUAGAAGAGAUCACAAUCCCAUCCGUAUCCGACCUCUCGAAAGCCGGCGUCCGUAUCGUCCCGACGAACGGAAACAUCUCGAGCAUCAAAUUCGACGUAGAGACGGUCACAUUACACCUUCCGAUCACCUCCAUCGACGAUAACACCGAGGUCGUCCUUAGGAACUUGGUGGCAUACGAAGCAUCGUACGUAUUAGGACCGCUCGUUUUCGCCCGGUACACCGAGUUGGUGAACGGGAUCAUCGACACAGAGGAGGACGUGAGGCUGUUACGAGAAAAGGGUGUCAUUCGGAACCGUCUGAAGAGCGACAAGGAGGCCGCCGACAUGUGGAACGGGAUGAGCAAGUCCAUCAGAUUAACCAAAGUGCCGUUGUUGGAUAAGGUGAUCGAAGACGUUAACAAAUAUCACAAUGGUACAUGGAAGGUUAAGCUCAAGAACGUGUUGAAGCACUACGUCUAUGGCUCAUGGCGGUUCCUCACGCUGCUGGCCGCCGUCGUGUUUCUGUUCCUCACGACGUUAGACGUAUUUUGCUCGGUUUAUAGUUGCUCUCGGCUCUACGAUAUCCAAACCUCCGAGUGGCAAAAUUAA